AUGGCCAAAGACAAAGAGCGCUCGGUCAACCCCGCCGUAGCGCAGCGGAAACAGGAUAAACAAAAAGAGUUGAAGAAAGGCAAGUCAGAGGCACUAGCGCGCCGAAACGAGAAACUUGCGCGCCGCAACCCAGAUCGAAUCCAGCGCCAGAUCAACAGCUUCAAAGAAGCCGAGGAAUCAGGACAACAACUGCGGCCGCGCGAUAAGGAGCUCCUCGAAGCGCUAGAGAAGGAUUUGCGGGCCGUUUUGAAGGCGCGUGAAGCUCUUGGCGACAGGGCACCCCGGUUUGAUCACGGCGGCAGAGGAGGCCGCCAGGGUGAUGGAGCUAGACGGGGUGGUGGAGCUAGACGGGGUGGUGGUGAUGGCGUGCUUGGGAAGCGAAGGCGAGGCUCAGAUGAAACCCGAAUGCCUCAUGAUAGUGACAGCAGCGAUACGGAUGAGGACGUGCGAAGGAUACCCAUGCCGCGGGAUACACCACCACCAAUCCCGCGCCAGCACCAGCGCAGACGGGAUCAAAAUGUGCCUUCAGAACAAAACGUUGAGCGCAGAGGUCCUCACCCGCUGCCAUCUCGUCCGACGGAUGUUCCAGCGGCCAGAACUGUUUAUGAGGCGAAGCCUCAGAUUCGGGACCUGCGACAAGAGGCCACCAAGAAGUUUGUUCCGGCUGCCGUCAGGAUGAAACAGCAGUCAAUCAAGGGACAGGGGAAAUUGUUGGAACCAGAAGAGAUGGACAAGCUUGAGAAAGCUGGGUAUAAUGCUGGCCCCGCUCCGGAAGUACAGGCUGGCGAUUCGCCGCAGGAGGAUUGGAUGUUGACGUUAGAAGAAGAGGAGCGGCGUCUUAACCAGGAAAGUAAGUCCGUUCAGAUAGAAGAGGUCGAAGACGAGGAGGCGUGGGCUUAA